AUCAUUAUUGAUAUACUAAACCACAGGAUAUUUUAUUGACAAUGUGAAUGUUCCAUAUUUUCAACAAUGCUGAUUCCCUCUGAUAAAGAACAAGUUCCUUUUCUCUUUCCCUGUUAACUAUCAUUUGUUCCCCACUUCACAAACAUGGCUGUCUUCUUUCUUACCUCUGGCUCUCUGAGUCUUUUUCUUGCACUCACGUUGCUUUUCACUAACAUCGCCGCUCGAUCAGAAAAGAUUAGCGGCCCAGACUUUUCAUGCCCUGUUGACUCACCUCCUUCUUGUGAAACAUAUGUGACAUACACAGCUCAGUCUCCAAAUCUUCUGAGCCUGACAAACAUAUCUGAUAUAUUUGAUAUCAGUCCUUUGUCCAUUGCAAGAGCCAGUAACAUAGAUGCAGGGAAGGACAAGCUGGUUCCAGGCCAAGUCUUACUGGUACCUGUAACUUGCGGUUGCGCCGGAAACCACUCUUCUGCCAAUACCUCCUACCAAAUCCAGCUAGGUGAUAGCUACGACUUUGUUGCAACCACUUUAUAUGAGAACCUUACAAAUUGGAAUAUAGUACAAGCUUCAAACCCAGGGGUAAAUCCAUAUUUGUUGCCAGAGCGCGUCAAAGUAGUAUUCCCUUUAUUCUGCAGGUGCCCUUCAAAGAACCAGUUGAACAAAGGGAUUCAGUAUCUGAUUACUUAUGUGUGGAAGCCCAAUGACAAUGUUUCCCUUGUGAGUGCCAAGUUUGGUGCAUCCCCAGCGGACAUAUUGACUGAAAACCGCUACGGUCAAGACUUCACUGCUGCAACCAACCUUCCAAUUUUGAUCCCAGUGACACAGUUGCCAGAGCUUACUCAACCUUCUUCAAAUGGAAGGAAAAGCAGCAUUCAUCUUCUGGUUAUACUUGGUAUUACCCUGGGAUGCACGUUGCUAACUGCAGUUUUAACCGGGACCCUCGUAUAUGUAUACUGCCGCAGAAAGAAGGCUCUGAAUAGGACUGCUUCAUCAGCUGAGACUGCUGAUAAACUACUUUCUGGAGUUUCAGGCUAUGUAAGCAAGCCAAACGUGUAUGAAAUCGACGAGAUAAUGGAAGCUACGAAGGAUUUCAGCGAUGAGUGCAAGGUUGGGGAAUCAGUGUACAAGGCCAACAUAGAAGGUCGGGUUGUAGCGGUAAAGAAAAUCAAGGAAGGUGGUGCCAAUGAGGAACUGAAAAUUCUGCAGAAGGUAAAUCAUGGAAAUCUGGUGAAACUAAUGGGUGUCUCCUCAGGCUAUGAUGGAAACUGUUUCUUGGUUUAUGAAUAUGCUGAAAAUGGGUCUCUUGCUGAGUGGCUGUUCUCCAAGUCUUCAGGAACCCCAAACUCCCUUACAUGGUCUCAAAGGAUAAGCAUAGCAGUGGAUGUUGCUGUGGGUCUGCAAUACAUGCAUGAACAUACCUAUCCAAGAAUAAUACACAGGGACAUCACAACAAGUAAUAUCCUUCUCGACUCGAACUUCAAGGCCAAGAUAGCGAAUUUCGCCAUGGCCAGAACUUCGACCAACCCCAUGAUGCCAAAAAUCGAUGUCUUCGCUUUCGGGGUGCUUCUGAUAGAGUUGCUCACCGGAAGGAAAGCCAUGACAACCAAGGAGAACGGCGAGGUGGUUAUGCUGUGGAAGGAUAUGUGGGAGAUCUUUGACAUAGAAGAGAAUAGAGAGGAGAGGAUCAGAAAAUGGAUGGAUCCUAAUUUAGAGAGCUUUUAUCAUAUAGAUAAUGCUCUCAGCUUGGCAUCCUUAGCAGUGAAUUGCACAGCUGAUAAGUCUUUGUCUCGACCCUCCAUGGCUGAAAUUGUUCUUAGCCUCUCCUUUCUCACUCAACAAUCAUCUAACCCCACAUUAGAGAGAUCCUUGACUUCUUCUGGGUUAGAUGUAGAAGAUGAUGCUCAUAUUGUGACUUCCAUUACUGCACGUUAAGCAAGGGAAGACACUGGAAUUGAAUAUCAUAUGAUGGAGGAGUUGUCUGUUAA